AUGAGUAGUCUUUCAAAGUUUUUAAAGGAACCAACCACUGUGUAUGGUGGACUAAAGGCCAAUGAUUUAAAGCAAGAACCUCAUUAUUCUUUUUUUGAUGGGGAGAACAAAUUCCUUGUUCGUGAAAUCGAAUCUCAAAAAUUAGUUCCCUUAAAAACGAAACUCUUGUUUGAGAAGGCAGGUAGUUAUGAAUUUUACACUGUAGAGCAUGGAUUCAUUCCUGUUGAAAUGGAUUGUAAGCAAUUCAAAGUUUCAGAUUUGUUACUAUUAAACCUUGGUAAAAAGAAGAAGGUCUAUGAACAAGAAUAUUAUGGAGAAAUUUAUGAUAAGAACGCAAGAAUCAUUGAAGAGAAACGUUUCUUUCAAGAUGAUCAAACAGAGCCUUACUUUGGAGGAAAGGUAGUUGUUGGUAUUAAGUCAUAUUUCGGUAAAAUGUUAAGAACAGAUAAUUCACACAAGAAGCUAUUUACCUUUAACAAUAAGCCAUUGAAAGAAAAGAAAGAGUUGGUGAAAACUUCCUUGCCUAUUGCAUCUUUGAAGGAAUCUGAACAUUCCAAAAUUGGUAAGAUUUCAAUACAAUAUUAUCCAUUAACAAUCAAAGUUACAAGAAUAUUUCUACGAAAUUUCCCUCUCCUUGAAACUUUUGAGAUAAACGAAAGAAAUAAUUUGAUUGAAUAUCUUCAUCAAAUGGUGGGCCUUUACAUGGCAGAUGGAAACUCACGAAAAUUCCAAAUAUUCCUUAAUGCAAAAAACGAAAAGGAAUUGACGGAUUUUCUUAUUGAAAAGAUGAAACUAAUCUCUGGAGAUUCAUUUGGAAUCAAGGAACAAAUAAUUUUUAGAGAUUCCGUUCAUAAUUCUAUUUCUUUUGCCAAUCAAAUUGAUUUAACUGAGGAUACAAAGCAAGAUUUGGAAGAAGGUGGAUUUUUCGAAUCUAAUUCUAACAUUGUCGCAUUGAAAUCAUUGUAA